GCAGUCCUGGGCCGCCCUGAUCCGGACGACGGCGAGGUGCCCAUGGCCUUUGUGGUGCUGGAGCCGUCCGUGACGGCCAGCAAGCAGGAGAUCAUCCAGCUCGUGAAAGACAAGCUCCCCGAGACCAAACAGCUGCGCGGAGGCGUCGAGUUCCUAGACGCCCUCCCGCGAACGACUUCCGGCAAGCUGUCCGGACGCCAGCUCCGCGACCGAAUGCCGCGCAGGUCCGUGGUCGGCAGCCUCCUGAUGUAGACGCGGGAGCCGCGCGAGGCAAACGUCGCUCACUUCCCCAAAAGGUCGUCCACGUCCGGCGAGUGACUCGCCGGCCAACCCCAGCGGCGCCUCUUGGAAUGGUCUACUCUACUCUACACAUAAUUUAUACGCCUUUCCGAUCGGACGGACAAAGGAGUCUCGAGACCAGGACCAGGACCUGAUCCGUGCCCGGUGGGAAGGACAGGAAUAGGCGCUGUCCAGCUGAGGUCCGGCUGGACCGUGCUUCCCAUGAUGUACAUGUCUGUCAUAUUUCAUUAUGAGUUAGAUUUGCUUGUAUUAAAUUUUUCUUCACAUUGACCCGAAAAAGGGGUUUGCAACGGA